UGCUCAACAGGAAAUCUGGUGUCUUAUUUUCAGUCGAGCUGAAAGCUAUGAAACUCAUUCUGCGUUGGAUUUUUUGCUUCAGUUUAGGUUUUGUCACUGAUUGCCAAGUGAAUCGUUAUGGAUUGAAGGGAAGCUCAAUCCGUCUGAGCAUCAGUCCCAGAAAUCAGUCACUAAAUAAUGUUAGAUGGCUACGAUUCAACAGGAAAGAAGAGCUUACAGACACAAAAGAAGUUUCCCCUCAUUUUGAGAAAAGAAUAAGACUAAAUGUCUCAGACUGGUCUUUGACCAUACUCAACCUUGAGGAAAAUGACAGUGGACUGUAUGAGGCCAUUCAGAAGUGGAUGGUUAAACCUCUGGCUGCAUUCACACUUACAGUGGAGGACACUGUCUCUAAGCCUGUAAUCAACGUGAAUCAAUAUGACUUUAAUUCAUCUGCUGGAGUGUGUCGGGCCACAGUGAACUGUUCGGCUAAUGGCAGCUGGGCCACGUUUGACUGCCACCAAAAUGUUUGUGAUAAGACACGAUCCUCUCUUUCCUCCAUUAACAUCACUGUCACUGCACUGGACAGCAGCGGCAUCAAAUGCUCUGUCAACAACUACGUGAGCAGGAAUCAUUCUCAGACUCCCAUUAUGUGCCAUGAAAAGCUGCAAAGUGAUUAUCAUAUCCUCCCAUCGCUCAUCGUUUGGAUCGUUGGCACCGUUUGUGCUGCUGUUUUAUUGGGUUUGGUUAUGGGUGGGAUUGUAGUAUUUGUCAAGAGAAGAAGAUGUUCAAAAGUUCAUCCACAGUCCAGUCGUGUUGUGAUUGAACAGCAUCAUGAAACUAUUUACUGCACCGUGGAAAAGCCGGCCGCAUCCCAGACAUCUCCAGGAAACAACACUGUCAGCAACAAAGUAGAAACCAUCUACGACAGUCCGUCACGACAUACCAAGGCUUGUCAAGUAGACAGCGUGGAGGUGAAUAGAGACAAUCAGGAGCAACAGCAAUCUGGACAAGACAGAAUUAUUCAAGUAAAAGCUACAGUUCACCAGGCAGCAGAACCCGAUUCAGAUCCAAUUAACACGGUUUACUGCAAACUGGGAGAGAUAUGACACAAACACAUACUGUAUACAUCGGAUUCAAAUAUACGUCAAUGUAAAUUUUGUGCUUUCACUAGUGAAUAGAUGGGUUUAAGCAUCAUUUAUGGAAACAAUACACACUGUAUGAUGUCUGCUAUUUUGUGAAACAGUAUAUGCAGUACACUCUUAGCAUUCUAGCGAUGCAACAGAAGGACCAUUUUUGUUUCCCAAAAGAACCUUUCAAAAAAAAAAAAAAAAAAAAAGAAAUGAAAAGAAAAGAAAAAAAAACCUUUGUGUUAAGAAUAUUUUAAUAAUUUCAGGAACCUUUUUAAGAAACGUGCAAAAUGGAAAGAUUCUUCAUGGAACUAAUAAUGGAAAUAAAGAGCCUUUAUUUUUAAGAGUGUGUGCAGUGAAAUACAUUUAGAACAGUCCUAUAUUGUUGUCCUGUGACCUCAUUGUGUAGCAUGUAGCAUGAGUUGUCAUAAGAAAAUUGUGUCAUUUUGCAUUUUUAAUUCCAUUUUGUUUAAAAAUGUCAUAAUUUUGAAAUGUUGAUGUUAAAAAUAACAGCACAUAUCAUGUAUAGUUCAUUCCUUACACUGGAAAUGAAAUGUCAAGUUGAGUGUAAUUAUGUGAUUAAAGUAUUCU